AUGAACUUCUGCUGCUUGGCCAUCGCGACUUGCGACCCCUUCGCUUCGCGGGCGCGCGCGAGGGAGCGAAAAGCAGACUUCGUGAUCGCGGACUUGAGCCAGGCCCCGGGGCAGGAGGAGGAGGAGGAGGACGCGUUGGCCACGGAGGCCAGCCUCAUCACUAGGCCGCCGUGGGCAGACACCGCUUCCGGGUCUGAGGGCGAGGCCAUCCCGGUCGCGCCGACUCUCUUCUCGGUCCAGGGCGACCCCGCAGGAACGCCGAGGGGGGCCGCGCCGCGGAAGGCGACGAGGCGGCGCCGAGUGCGCCACAAGCUGGCGGAGAACAAGGGCUACGGCAAGGGCAAGGGCGAGAAUUCAACGGCGAUGUGCGAGCACAGCGUGCCAGCGACAGGCCCCCUGGAGAGCGCGGCCUGCCAGCGACAGACUGCCUCGGCGGCGAGUUGGUCGCGAUCAACGAGGCCGAACCCUCGGGAUGGUCGCGACACGGCAAUCAGCCUAGCCGAGAGCGCGGCCAGCACCCAGAAGCGCGCCAACGAGGGCGAGCAGGUCAGCCUGCCCGCCUUCGGCGACAACAG